AUGACGGACACUCGUCUUCGUGUCCUCACUCUGAACUGCUGGGGCUUGAAGUAUGUCUCUAAGCAUAGGACAGCGCGCAUUGCCGCAAUUGCGGACGUCCUAGCAGGUUCGGACUACGAUCUGGUAGUCUUACAAGAAGUAUGGGUGUAUGGGGACUACAAUCGCCUGCGUGCAGCCGUCUCGACGCGUCUGCCGUACUCCAAGUUCUUUUAUAGCGGGGCUUUGGGCGCUGGCCUAGCAAUAUUGUCUCGCUUUCCUAUCAUUGGCGCAACCAUUCACCCGUACUCUCUGAACGGGUCACCCAUUGAGGUUAUUCAAGGCGACUGGUUCGUAGGCAAAGCUGCUGCUAGCAUACUGGUCGCACACCCUAUUCUUGGCCAGGUGCAGGUCUUCAAUACACAUUUAUUUGCACCGGGCGGAGACUCCGGCCCGCUUCACCUGCAGGCCCACCGCUUAGUCAACGCAUGGGAGUUCGCCAAGCUCGCUAGACAGGCUGCCGAAGUGGGUAGAUAUGUCAUUGCAGCAGGCGACUUUAAUAGCUCGCCCGCUUCCUUGCCCAUGUCUGUCAUCCAAGAACACGCCUCACUCACAGACGCCUGGGUUGUGUCCCAUCCUAAUGCACCCCCUCUCCCCAACGCUCUACCGACUCCUCUCGAUGCUGUGAACAUAUAUGGUAUCACAGCGGAUUCUCCCCUGAACUCGUUCUCGGCGGGCAAGCGCCUCGAGCCCCUUGCCCGCAAGUUCCAGGGCAAGCGGCUGGACUACAUAUUCUUCCGCCAGCCAAGUAGUCCGCCAGCCAGCGACAAAACCCCAAUAUUGAAGUGUGUAAACACGAAGGUUGCUUUCACAGACGCGGUGCCCGGAACAGACUUCUCGUAUUCCGACCACUUCGGCUUAGAAGCCACGUUCGAAAUAUCACUUCCCGAGGGCGGGGACGUGACGAAUCCAGACAACACCUACAUUCCCGCGUCUGCCGAGCCUCGCAGCCCUUCGUUCGUCCUGACGUCUGUCCCCAAUCCCACACCCACGCCACCACGCGCUCUGUCACCGGACUCGAUUACUGAAAUUCUGCAAUCACUCACGGCGUGCUACCGCUUCUCGCUCUACCGCGCACGCUCCCAGCUCACCGUCUUCGUUGUCUGCAUCCUACUCCUCCUUGUCAUCCUCAUCGGGUCUGCUUGGCUUCCCUCAUCGUGGAUUACCCCGGUCGUAUUCUUCCUUACAAUCUUCCUUGCAUGGCUUGCGACAACAUUCCUAUACGUUGGCUUCGUAUAUGGGCGAUGGGAAGUCAAUGCUCUGACAAACAUCAUCGAGGAGUUGGAACUUUACAGGAACAGCUUACUCGAACGACAAAAUUAG